CCGCAUCUCGGUCUCCCUAGUCGGUUCUGGCUGGCCGCAGGGAAGAGCCGGCACCAUGAGUCACGUAGUGACCAUCGAAGAGCCCCAGGCCAAGCCGCAGGUGUCUCAAACCCGGUGCGGAGGGAGGUCGGGGGCCUGGGGCAAAGUCUCUGCCAAUCGAACAUAUGAUUUCCUAUACGAUCCACUGUUUAUCAUGUCAAGUGAGAAAGACCACAACCAGGCAAAUAUUCAGGCCACCCUGAUUCGAAGCAGACUGAGAAGGGUUCCCAGGUAUAGAACCAUGUUCAGUAGCCUGUUUCAUUAUCCAAGAUAUUCUGUAUAUUGGAGCAAGGCAGAUCCUGUUCCAUCAUUCAUCAGUCGGGACUGGAAGGGACAUGAGGAGAGACACAAAGAAGCCCUCCGGAAACUUGCUGUAACUGACACUUCUUUUCCGAUGCCUAAAGAAGUUUAUGAAGAUCCCGAUGUUACUGGAAAGAAUCGCUAUAAAUAUUUUGAAAGGCCUUUCCUUCCAUUUUAUCAACAGAUGCCAUUCAAUGUUGUUUUUGCAUCAACCAGGGCAGAGCCAUAUACUUUUCCUCCUCCUUCCACUAAGUACCUCCCCAUUCCUUCAAAGUAUACUGUGGGCACUCAGACUGAUUAUCGCGAUGCCGAAGUUCAAACAGACCCGUAUUCUCCAGAAUACAUAGUAUGUCAGGAUUCCAUCCCUGAACUGCUGACCCUGGCUACUCUCACUUGGGGUCGAGGUCUCCCGGCAGGACAAGCUGAGGUAGAGAUGAUAGAACGUGCCCGGGAGAAGCGUGCUUGGGAAGCCACUCUCCCCCCUCUGAGUGACACCUCCCAGUUUGAGAAGAGGAGGAGGAGGAUGAAUGCCAUGGAGAGGAAGGAGUGGGCCUUCAGAGAGCAGGAGAUCGAAAAACUGCAGGAGAUUCGCCUGGAAGUUCUAAAAGAGCUGCUGAAGAAGCGUGAUGAGAAUCAAAAUGAAGUAAACAUGGCGUGCUUGAAUGCCCAGUGGUCUAAACUGCAGGAGGUGAAGGAGGCAAAGUUGGCACAGAUUCACCGCACACAUGCAUCAGCAAUCAGAAAACUUUUGGGAAAGGGAAAGAAUAUAGAAGGGAAGUUGGAGAGAAGAAAUAUCAUCAAGGAUUAUUCUGAUUAUGCAUCACAGGUCUAUGGACCUCUAUCUCGCCUUGGUCGUUUCACAGACAACAACUCAGAGGACUUUGUAGUAAAAAACCACUAUCUCAACACCUAUGAAGGAUUAGUCGAACUUGAGUCAUGUCUCCCAGAUUUUGUGACACAACCCCGAAUCAGACCUCCAGAACCAAAAGUCACUACCACCAAAGAUGGUUUUCUAAAGAGGGCUGCAAGGAUGGACCAUGAGUUGGCAGAGGUUCAUAAGGCACUGUUGGAAAAGAAGAAUAAGGGCCUCGAAGCAAAGAAACCAAUGCGUUUUCUUCAAAGAAAGCCAAUACCUCAACCUCGACUUCCAACUCCAACUUUGGAGAUGAAUUCCAAUGAAGAAGAAGAUAUAGAAAUGGCUGUGAUCUACCUUCAAAAGUUACUCCGGGGCAGAGUCGUUCAGAACAUGAUGUUUGAAGGGAAAGAGAAGCGACUGGAGUUGAUCCAGGAGCUGCGCACCAGCCACGCACUGCAAGAAGAGGACAGGCUGGUGAAGAAAGCCGAGAAGCAGGUGACCCUGGCCUUGCAGCGACAGAGGAACUUGCACGAGCACAAGGUGUCACUGGUUGAAAACCAUUUGGCUGGGCUGGAAGGAUGGGUGCUGGCAGACAUGUUUGACUUCCUGUCCAAAGAGCUGGUGAGACUGCAGGAGGAGAGGAGGGUCCACGCCCUGUCCAUGCUGGCCGAGCGGCAACGCAGGAUGCGUGAAGCCGAAGAGAGUGGCCGGCGCCAGGUGGAAGAGAGGCGCCUGCAGGAGGAGGACCAGAUAUUUAAGGAGGUAAUUAAAGUUCACCAAAGUACUGUAACUUCCUAUCUGGAGGAUAUAAUACUGAACACUGAAGAGAAUACUGCAGAAGAACAAGCCAGGGCAGAAAUAGAGAAGAUGGCUGAGGAAAUCAAUGACAUUGCUUAUGAAAUGGAAAGCCGUCGAACUCAGCUUCAGUCAGAGGAGAUCGUUGCCGAGUUGGUUUAUAGUUUCCUGAUCCCAGAGUUGCAAAAGGACUUUGUCAAAGAAAAAGUGAGGAAUGCACAGCAGAAGCACAUCCUCGCGGCCCAUCAGGUCAUCCACAGGCACACAGAAGACAUGCUCCAGAAGCACUGUGUUGAGCAACAGCAAGCAUCAGACACUGAGCUACUUGAGGGAGAAACUGAAAAUGAGCAAAACAGCUAAGACUAUGAUCUUUUUUAAAAAGAAGCUGUACAAAUCAUCAUAGAGCAUUCCAGUCCUCUGUGCUUCUCCUAAGAUGUGCAGCUCUUACAGGCUUGUCAAUAUGUGAUGCAUGAGAAAACAGAUUUAUUUUCUUUAAACUCCCAAUAAUUUAAAAUGAUUUUCAGUAAUAAUAAUCAAAUGAAGGAGCCUUAUUCUCUUUGGUGUUUCCCAGAGGCUCUACUUCAAGAGAAAAUUUUCUCAUGUCUCAUUUCAACAUUUCGUUAACUAUGAAGAUAUGCCAGCUUGUUGAAUCAAAUAAAAAAUGUUACUGGAUAUUUAAGUGGUUUUGGCUUGCUAUUCAUAGUGCAUUGGCAUUAUCUGUUAAGACUGAAAAUAUGCAAUCCCCAUGACCCAGCAUUUCAUUCUCACAACAUUUCAUUCUCUGGAAGAAAUGCACGAGUAUCUACACCAACAGGCAUGACAAGAAUGCUGUAGCAGUACUAUUCAUGCUGGCCCCAAAUGUCUAUCUACAUAGGAAUAGAAAAGUAAACCUUGGUAUAUCCAUACAAUGGCACAUCAAGUCACCAUUGAGCUUUAGCUCUGAGAAGUAUAUUCAUGCAACACCCAUGGAGAGGGUGCUGCUGGAGAGCAAUCUGCCCAUCCUACAUGUUGACAAGUGUCAGGGCUGAAUGGAUCUCUCCUCAUUUAAAGAUCAGUAAACAGGAAAAACAAUAAAUAAACAAAAGCAUCCACAACAAAUCAACAUGGGACCCAUGUAAAGAACUUAUAAAAGAAAAUGUAUGUUAUCGGAAAACAAUAAAAGCUUAUCUUAGAAAAUAUCUUACUGUAAUAGGGAAGAGCUAGUUCUGACUCCAUGUUGGAUCUGUUUCUUUUACUUUAACCUUUGCUUUUCAUUGCUUUUGUUACUAGAGUCACUGUCUAUAACUGUAAGCUUAAUGGCCUGCCACAGGGAACCCUGCUCCUCUGCCUGUUAAACUACAGUGGCCUUUGUUCAGCUCACAGAGAGACAUUCUGACCCUGUCCACCUGUGAAUGGCUGCAGAAAAGAAGAAAUUAACACAUCCCCUCCUCAAUGCGGCCAAGCAAGGAGAUAUUUACAAGAUAAACGGCCUUUUUACUUUACUUCCUCACCUCCUCCCCCUCUCUGUUCUAUAAAAGAAACUGGCAUCCAGACGUGGAUAAGAUGGUUAUGUUGAGUCUUUAGUCUGCUAUCUUCUUGGCCUGCUGGCUUUCCGAAUAAAGUCACUAUUCCUUGCCUCAACACCUCAUCUCCUGAUUUAUUGGCCUGUCGUGCGGUGAGCAGAGUGAGCUUGGACUCGGUAACAAAUUUGGCUUAGCCAGCCAGGAGCCUUGCUGCUUGUGGCUAGCCAGCCCCCGUCAGGGAAUAUCGGAGCAAGGCCCUAGCAGCUGCCAGGACCAUUUGUCCCGUGGAUCUUUCCUUCAGAACUCCCUGAAGUGGCACCAGCUACCCCAGCACUUGGCAGUUGGUACAAGGAACUGAAAAACUUCUAUGAGUCGACAGACUCAAUUCUGGAGGGUAAGUUGCUCAGGUGUGCACACCGGGACCAUACUCCCCCCUCAAUUUGGGCUUUUCCUUUAUAAGACAAGCUAAUUUGUUUGGUUGGGGUACCCUGUUGGAGAGGGGAAUUGUUGGACUCUACCUGAUUUGGGAACGGGUUCACUGGUUUUGGUUUUGUGUGCGUCAAUGUUGGAAUUUGUGCUUUUUGUGUUGGAAUUUGUUUGCAUCUUUUGUGUUUUGGUGUCAUCAAACUUAUGAAAAUGGGAAAUAACUAUCCUGAAGGAGAGCCUUUUGGGGGUGUAUAUUAAAUAAAUGGGCAAAACAUAGAUGUGAACCUAUGACUAAGAGAGACAUGAUAUACUAUUGUAAUAGGGUGUGGACCCAAUAUAUGUUAAGUUCAGAAGAGCAAUGGCCCCUGAAUGACUCACUCAAUUAUUAUACGAUCUCACAAUUAGAAGUGUUUUGCAAAAGAGCAAAGAAAAGAGAUGAGAUUCCAUAUGUAGGAGCAUUUAUGCUAUUGCAUCAGGAGGAAAAGGAGUCAGAGGGCUGCCACCUUACGGUGCAGUGGUCUGAAAGGAAACCCAAGGGGAAACCUGUUCUACAAGAAGAGGGAGAAAAUGAGAGUGGGGACAUGUUACUUCAAAAUCUAAAGCCCCUCCGGCCUAUCCAGCCCCCCCACUGGCCGAGCAGGCUGCACCGGCAGUUGUUCCAUCUGCCCCCGCCAUGCCGCCAACAUAUUCACCGCCUCCUGUUUCUCCUACCCAUGGGGAUCAAAUAGAAGUUUCUAUAUUAACCCCUGGAGCAUAGGGACGUGGUUUAAUAUUACCAUCUAAGACCCGACAGGGCACCCAAUUUGGACUGGGAGCCACUUCCACAGCAGGGCAAUUUCCCUUGUGCUGAUAUCCUGUAAGAGGCCAGGGGACUCCCUUAGACUUGAGGCAUCUGAUUCUAAUUUCCCCACAGGAGCCCUGGGUAACUCUGACAGUAGGGAACAAGUUGAUUGACUUUCUAAUAGAUAUGGUGCCACAUACUAUGUGGUAAACACCAAGGUGGCACAGAAAACAUCUCAGUCUAUCCUGGUCACAGGAAUUUCUGGAGAAGUACAAAACCAUUCAUUCUUACAACCUCUUAGAAUGACAACUAGGGAACCUCACCCUGAAACAUAGCUUCUUAUAUAUGCCAGAGUAUCCAACCCCCCUUUUUUGGGACAAGUCUCCUUUGUAAAUUAAAUGCUCAAGUAACUUUUUCACCAGAACAGCUUGACAUCAGGGCCCCACCAGAGCACUCUUUAAGCCUACAAAUGGCACUCAUGGAAACCCCAGAGAAGGAAACAAAGUCAUCCUAGGAGAAACUUGCCUGUAUCUUUGAGAUUCAAAUGUCCUAGCUGGUUUUCUCAAGAACUCUCAUCUCUGCCAUCUUUUUGAAAUGCAAAUUUCGAAAAGAGGGUAAAGUAAUUUAGAACUUGACUUGUUUUCCCUAACUAUAAGUAAAAAGGGUUGAGCCAUUUAGACAAGUGAGCUUGAUUUGUUCCAUCUGCCAGAAACCCAAUUUUAAUCCAACCUCUUUUGUAAACUGAUGGGUUUUACAUUGCUGUACCUGACUCAGGGCUGAAAUUCUGAAAGGAGAACUAUGAGGUCUCUCUGUUUGUUUGUUUAUGUCUUUGUCUUUGGAUAACAUUGCUGAGGUUAAUCUGUAAAUGAGCUCUAUUUAAUUGGCUUAAAGAAAGGUAAGCGCUUACAAACUAAACAAUUCUAAAUACAAGAGAAAUUAAGCUAAAUGAGUUUCAGGUUCUCUUGAACUGGGAAAUAUUUAGUAUUAAAUUAAAACCUCAGGGGUUUCCCUGGUGGCACAGUGGUUGAGUGCUAAUGCAGGGAACAUGGG